UCUUCCACUCAUGACGACGUCUUUUCACACGCAGAGAUUUUGUUUCUCCAAUCCAAGAAGAAAUUACACCUUUGAUCCGAAACUGACUUCAAAUCUAAAUAUAAAUCUGAAUCACGUCGUCGUCUCUGUCUCUCAGGACUGAAGCUCGCAGCUGCAUGAGAUAUUUCACCCGGAUACUCAGAACAAUGGGGGGGAAGACGAUGAAUCGACCGGGUUGUGUCCUGAUGUGGCCGAGCCUCAUGGCUGCUGUCUUUAUAUCAGUGUGUGCUGCAGCCCCUGUUUCAGAAAGCUUUGUGGUCAUGGUGAAGCCCGUUGUCUCAGUGCAGCGCGGCCAUGCAACCACAUUACCAUGCUGGCUCAAUCCAUCACAAAGUGCGGAGGGUGUGGAGGUACGCUGGUACCGCAGCAAUGGCUUUCAUUCUCCAGUCAUGCUUUACCGGGCCAAAAAGUUUGAGAAUGCAUCCCAGGAAGCUUCCUAUGCGGGCCGAGUCUCGUUUGGCUCAAAGGAUACAGCAUCUGGGGGGCUGAUGGCCGGCGAUGUGAGCCUGAAGCUGGUGGAUGUCACACUAAAGGAUGCUGGAGAAUACAUUUGUUACGUGAGCAGUGAUCGGAAUCAUGACAGUGCAACUGUCCGUCUUGAUGUGACACAGACGGGAACCCCUCUGCUCCUGUCAGCAGUGUGGAAAGAAGACAACCUGGUGAAUGUGAGCUGUGAGUCUGGAGGCUGGCAUCCAGCGCCUAGUCUUCAUUGGUCAGACCAGAAGCAGAAUCUGACCCAUAAAAGUCUCAAGCACAGUGAAGAGUCUACUGGUCUUCUGUCAGUCCACAGCUGGCUUCUGGUCUCCAGCCCCUCUGUGGUUUCCUGCUCAGUAGGUGUCCCUGGUGAGGAGACAAAGGAGGCGAACAUACUCUUGGAUAACACUCCUCAACCCAACUCCAGAUCCUCAGUAGCUGGAUGGGUGCUUUUCGCUCUCCUUCUCAUAGCCCUGUUAGCUGUACUUGGAGCGCUGUACUACAAAAAGAGAGUGAAGAGAGCCAAAUCAAAAGGUGAACGUGCUCAGCACAGUGAAGGUGACGAUGGGGAGAAUCAGAGGCUUUUAUCAAACGAACCGAUCAGAGAAGCGAUCCAGCCAACAGAUCUCUCAAUAUUUCAGAAGCAUUAUGUGAAUGUGACGCUUAUUGAGACAGAAAAUAAGUCUCUCACAAUCAAGAACCUUAAACUGAGAGACGCCCCUGUGCAUUCACCUGUGCAUUCACCUGAGGGACACAAGGUCACCUGUCGCACAGCUAUCAGAGGAAAACUUGAAAAGUCCUCUGGACAGCACUACUGGGAGGUUUCUUUGGGGAACGAAAAAGCAGGCUUCAAACAGUCCUGGUGGUUAGGAGUUACAAGCACAACUGAAAUCCCUCAGGAUGUAGAUUUUUCUCCAACAGCAUCUAAUGGCUACUGGUUUCUGUCCUCCUCUCCUGAAGGUGCAGGUUGCCUCCAUUUUAGCACUGAACCCAAAGUUUCACUGCUUGUCUCCUCCAGACCGCAGACAGUUGGUGUGUAUUUGGAUGAGGACAGUGGAGAGCUUUCCUUUUAUGAUGUGGAACAGAGGAGUCUCAUUGGAUCUUUAACAGCAACAUUCACAGGUGAAGUUUUUCCAUUUUUCAAUCCUGGUAUGGGUGACACUGCACCUAUGGAGAUAUUACAUCACAGCACAGAACAGGAUCAGUCUAAUGGCAUGGGGAAGUCUGUUGAUACAGACAAAUGAAUCUUAAUAUUUUAAGUGAGCUUGUAGUGACAUGAGAUUUUCACAGUACAGUAACCCUCAGAAAAUACUAUGGUUAAACAAUUAUUAUUAUUAUUAUUAUUAUUAUUAUUAUUGUUAUUGUGCCGCAUUACAAGUCGUCCGGGCGAAAUACCGUGCUUUGAGCUGGCAAAAUUAAACGAUUCCUCGAGGCAGAGAAAAUUCCUCGAUCAUUUUGUGUAAUCAAAUUAUUCGAAUUAUUCGAGUAAUCGUUUCAGCCCUAGUGACAAGCCGCUUUUUCACCUCAAAAGAGAAAGAGGAGAAGAAACCCAAUUUAAGUUUCAGUUCUUUCACAAGAUUGUCAAUAUGGGGCUUGAAAGUGAGGGAGUCAUCAAGCAAGACAUCAAGGUAUUUGUACAUAUGAACCACUAUGACAAUUCCCUCAAGAGUGGACACUGUGGGGACAGUUCGAGGUAAUUUCUUAGUGACUGUGGAUCGAUUGGAGGCAUUGUAAGUUGAGACUGUUUCAUAAUCAGUUAAAAGCUCCUUGUAGUAAGUGUCCGGAAGAAUUCACUCCUACAGAUAUAUAUGUGUGUGUGUGUGUUUGUGUGUGUAUGAUCAUUGUCAAUUUUGUGACCCGCAGCGAACCGAAAGUAACAAGUGUUGUAAGAAACUCUGCACUGUAAACCAAUCCUGUUUUGAGGGAAAAGAGGUUGAAAUGAAUAAAAUGAAUUAAUGUAUAACUGCAAUCAUUAAUUUAUAGUUUUGUUCACUCAAGGAUUCUCCAACACUUUUAUAUAAAUCAUGUUAAAUUUCAUGUUUGUUUUUUUUGUUUUUUUUUACUGUUUGUAGUUUGUGACGUUAAGAUAAAGUGCUGUUAAACAGUUUGACAAAACACUUGGGAAAUAUGCUUAUUCGCUCUCUGGCAGAGAGUCACACUACAUGAUACCACUCACACAUCUGUGUGGCUGCAGUUAGAUUAGUUUAGCUUAAAGAGUGAGAAAGGGUAAAACAGUUAACCUUGCUUAUUGGUUAUUUUUGUCGACAGCCAACUGUCAUUCAACCAAUUCGGAUUUUGUGCAGUGAAGCAGUCUUUGUGCUAAGCUAAGCUAACCGCCUUGUGGCUGAUGCUUCAUAGUUAACCACAGAGAUGUCAAUCGCAGCGGAUUUCCCAAAACUGUGGCGCCUUGAUAACCUUGUGGUUACAUAUAACAUAUACACUGCUUGUAACAUCUCUUGUUGACUUUGAGUCCUUUGUUGCAUUUCCUGUGUGUUUGUCUGUGUGACCAUUAGUAUCAGUGAUGAUAGUUCUGUCUUUGUGUAUUGUAUUGUAUAAGCAUUGUCAUCUUUUAACAUGAACAUUUGAAGUGGAUUUUGCUGUUUGCAACAGUGAUCAGCGUUUCCUUAUCUGUCACAGUUUUUUGUUAUCUGUAAGAUGUAUUGCAAGUGUUUUUUUAAAUUUUUUUUAUAUGUGCAGCCACAAUAACACUGCCUGUAACCAUGAUGUUACAGAAGUGCUUGUUUAGGCUCCAAACAGUGAGAGACUUCUACUACUGUCAUGUUCAAAACUUGUUUUUGAAAUUGGCCCUGCAUAAGGCUGACAGUGGGUAGACUUGAUCUUAUUCAGGACACUCAAAGACCUAUAUAUAAACCAUAUAUUUAAACCAUAUAUAAACCCUCUCUUCUUAAAUUGUUUUCGUGGCUCUGUGUGAAAUAUAAAAUCGACUUUCCCACUUUCUAAAUAGUAUGCUAUUUCAGUUUUCUUCUUUCUUCAAUAAAUUGUGUAUAUAUCUUUCAACUGCCAU